AUGCAGACUAGAAAGCGGAAAUCGACGACUCAAUCCCCCCGCUUAGAUACAAUAACCCAAGGCGAAGAACUCGAGAAGUUCUCCAACCACGAUGACGAGGCGAAGGACCCCAGUUACAAUCACAAAAACAAAAGGCAACGAGGUCACAAAAAAGGGUCUCGACAGAGUCUGCCUGACUCGGUAAAACUGGAACUCGAGAAGACGGCACUGGGGAAAUGUUGCACCCUCACCUUGGAUCCACUGCAAAAGCCAUGUGCCGUUGAAAUAGCACAUGUCGUCCCAGCGGCAUCAAGUACAACUCGCCUACGUGCCCUUCAAGACGCCUGGUACAUGAAUGACUUGCCCAACGUUGACUCUCCCGCUAAUUUGAUGUAUCUGCGUGUUGAUUGGCACCGCGCCUUUAAUGCGAAUCGGUGGGCCAUUCUACCAACAGAAGAACUUCUUCUCGAAAUCGCAGGCGCAACGUUCAUGCCGACAUCAUAUAGCAAGAAAGGCGACCUAUUUUCUCAGUUCUCUAAAUGUUUGAAGGACAAGUCGCCGAAAGACAAGUAUCAACUUCUCUGGCUUGGCAAGAGUGACACUGCUAAAUACCCGCCAUUACUUCGCCGAAAGGAUUCAAAGACCUCAGAUCUCGACAGCGAUCUUGUCAAUAUCGCCAACAGACGUGACAUUUCGGUUAAAUUGGCCGACCUUCAAACCUGCAACACUACGUUAAACGCAUUGGCCGCAGAGAAUGAAGAGCUACGUGGAAGGAACGCCCAUUUGCUCUCUCGGUCGUCAGCACCUUCCCUCCCUUCUCCAGAGGGCGCUCAAGAAAAGCUUGCCGCUUGUCAAGACAAUAACUCUUUUCUACGUUUGGAGAAUGCGGCUUUGCAUGCACAGGUCGACGCGCUAUUUGCAGAAGCAAGAAGGCUAUCAUUAUUGGGUCGCAUGAUGGAACGCGAGACAGUAACAGGUCAUCUCUGUGACUCAAUUUCAGCCACUCUAGAGUACGAAGUGUCCAAGCUACUCGAGCUCGCCUUGCAUUAUCACAUUUUCUCCCCUCCAUAUACCGACUUUCCCGCCUUCCAUUCCCACGUACAUCCUUUCUUCGUCAUUGUCAAUGCUGGCAGCAAGCUAUUGGAAGCGCAAAACCCAUCGCAGUUCGGCCCCGCGGCCGAAAUUCUCCUAGAAAUUUAUCGACAGUGGUUCAAGCUCCCACUUCCCUUAAAACCGCCUCAAAUUGCCGGAGGUGAAGACGAGGACGAGGGUGAUGACGGUCGGAGCAGCCAUACAUCUCAGAUGGAUGAUGAUGGUAGCUCCGAAGCCGACGAGAGCCAGAGAAAUGGAUCUCGCAAGUCGGGACGUGUAGCCAAGCAAUCAGGAAGGGCUUCAAACUCCCAGAAUAGAGCGGGGAACAUACAAGCGGCACCUUGUGACGCGGUCGAUGUCCCUAUGCUCGACCCCUGCACUUCUUCGGCGGGUACUCCAUCUCUCGUCCCCGAUUCUUCUGUGAAUGCCUUGGGCUCACAUAGCUUGGACGAGGCUGAAGAACUCGAGGAUGUCGAUACCUAUGUCUCGGAAUGGCUUGCCGGCGUCGACGCAGCUCCCCCUCAAGAAGACCCUGGUGACCCUGAACUGGACGAAUACAUCCAAGAACCGUCGCGCGAGGUUGAACUUCACAAAUGGCAAGAAUGGGCUACCGCUCCGCCCAAAAUGCCUGGCCUCCUGCGGGAUUACCAUGAUACGUCAAAACUCACGAGUUAUCAUUGGUCCCUAUAUCACGAAUCCGUCAACCUCAUGGCGCCGACUGGCUCUCACCGCCUCCCGUUGAAUGCUGAAACUCCCUACGAUCCAGAUGAUGUACACAAGUAUGACGUGUGGCGCGACGACGAUUAA